CGGGACUGCUAGAGGUAGAGCUCUUUUUCUCAGGGCAGAUUUAUGUGAUCUACAAUAUCAGAAACUCCUAGUUUGAUGAUGGAAGAUGAAAAGAUUACAGUGAGAGGGGAGGACCUUGACUGGUCUGAUUUGUAUGAAAACUAUCACUAUUCAGACUCGAAUGGCUCUUAUGAAGGGGGUGAUAUUUGCGACCUGACUGAGAAUGUGAAUUUUGAAGCCGUGUUCAUACCAGUUCUGUACUCUAUGGUGUUUGUUGUUGGUCUGCUUGGGAACGGAUUGCUGUUGGGAAUACUGGCUCGGAGUAGAAAGACCUGGAGCGUAACAGAUACCUUCAUCCUCCAUCUGGGAGUGGCAGAUAUCUUGAUGCUGGUGACGCUUCCCAUCUGGGCAGUACAGUAUGCCCAAAGUGAUGGAUGGACAUUUGGUACUCCCCUUUGCAAGAUUGCUGGAAGUGUUUUUACAAUUAACUUCUACAGUGGGAUCCUUCUCCUGGCCUGCAUCAGUCUGGACCGCUACCUGUCCAUCGUCCAUGCUACACAGAUGUACUCAAGGAAGAAGCCUUGGGUUGUUCAGGCCAGCUGCCUGAUGGUGUGGUGCUUUUCCCUGCUUCUCUCCAUCAUUGACUGGAUCUUUUUAGAAGAUGUGUUCGAUGAAAGACGAGUCAGGAGAGAGUGUGUUCCCAAUUAUUACAAAUUUGGUGAGGAGGCUGUAUAUAAUUGGAGGUUGGCAUCACGCAUGAUUUAUCUCAUAGUGGGCUUUGUACUUCCUUCUGGUGUAAUGAUUUUCUGUUACUCCUGCAUUUUGCAUCAGCUGAGCUAUGGUGCCCAGAGCCAUCAAAAGCAGAGAGCUUUUAAAGUUAUUGUGGCUGUGGUGGUGGUUUUCUUUAUCUGCUGGACACCGUACAACUUCACAAUCUUAGUGGAAACAAUUCAUUUUGAUAACAACACAGAAACUUGUUCAGGCACAACAUCUCUGGAGAAAAUUAAGACAGUGACCACCUGUGUGGGUUUCAUUCACUGCUGCCUCAAUCCCAUCCUGUAUGCUUUUGUGGGUGUGAAGUUCCGCCGUCAGCUCAUGAGCAUCCUCAGGUCUCUGGGCUGCAAAGUGGCGAGUGCAAGAAUCCAGUCUUUUGUCAGCAACAGGAGAAGCUCCAUGUGGUCCGAGUCUGCCGACACCUCCCACUCCCUUGCUAUCUGAGAAAGAUAAAAACAACAAAUCUGAUUGACCUAAACAAUCAUGAAGACAAAUACAUGAACAUCAGCACAUACAACUUGUGUUUGUAUAUUUUUUGUGUUACAUUACCUGAAAUCAGCACUGGUUAUUUGCUACAGUUCUUAGUGCACCAGUAGUUGAAUGAGACAGAACAGAAAUAACUCACACCUGCAUUUGUUGGCAGUGUAUGAGAUUUCCUUUCUCUGUUUUCUCGGCAGUAUUGUAAUAGAAAUAAGUUAUGACAGCACGAGAAUUAUUAAUGUAAAGAGCUACUAUUUUAUCUUAAAAUGUUUUAA